GCGCGAAAGUGCGAAAAAAAUUUUUUAAGAUGUGUCUUGAUUUGUAAAAAGUAAUUUAAUUGUUAAACUCAACAUUUACCAUGCGAAUUUUGUAUUCAGUAUAAAAAUGGAUAAUUCAAAGAAAAAGUUAAAAUUAGAUCGUUGCUUAGAAUGGCUCAAGAAACAAAAUGAACAAGAACCAAAAAAGUUGGCAUUGCAGAAUAAAAACGAUAUUCAGUUUAUCAUACAAACUAACGCUGAUAGAAAGAAUUUUCUUCUUGCCGCUGCUGAAGAUGAGGCUACGGUACCUUCGGCAGUUGACGACAAUGAAGCAGAACCUAAAGCAGUUCCAUUGCGAGAAUUACGACGAUCUGGCUUAGUAUUAGAAUGUGAAUGGCUAUCAUGUCGCAGGAAGUUUACAGAGUAUGAGGAAUUUCAAACACAUGUUGCGAAACAUGUCUCUAAUCUGCAUCUUAUAAAAGAAGAAGACAAAUCUAAUCAAUAUUUUUGCUUAUGGGAUACAUGUGGACACAAGACUGUCGACUUAUCCGAAAUGGUCCGUCAUAUCAACUACCAUGCAUACCACGCAAAGCUCUUAGCUAUCGGUUUAAAUGGACGAGCUACAUUGAACCUGGCUGAGUGUAAGAAAGAUUCGAGUAAGAGGAACCAAUUGCCAAGUAAUAUAAGUGAACAUUGCUGUCUAUGGGUUGGCUGUACAAAGACAUAUCAAUCAAUAGACGAAUUCAUCAAGCAUGUCAAAGAGCACAUAGACAAUUCGAGAAAUUUGUGUUCAUGGGCUGGCUGCGGUGCGACAUUCACACGUCGUACGUUGUUCAUAGCGCACGUGCGCUCCCACACUGGAGAGCGGCUCAUCGCUUGCUACCACUGCGGCCAGCACUUUGCUAACAACAGGAAGUUGUGUGAUCAUAUACGCAGACAGAAUGUGAACCCACAAUCGAACAUCCGCUGCGACUUCUGCGGCGUGUUGUGCGCGAGCGAGUACCUGAAGCGCGAACAUGCUCGCCAACAUGUGUCGCUGUUCGCGUGCUCCAUGUGCGAUAUGACCGCGCCCACGCUCUCCGCGCUCGCGCAGCAUGUGCGCUACCGGCACGUCGCCGCGCGCCCCCACCCCUGUCCCCACUGUCACUACAGAGCGAUCACAAAACGCGAUUUACUUAAACACAUUCCGACUCACACACGAAAAAAGAGGAAAUUAAAAGGCGCGGAUAAAUCGAGCGAUGUAGAAAUGUCUGAUGAAGAUUCUGAAGAGGAAGUUAGUAAGAAACCUAAAGAGAAGAGGAAGUAUGUGUGUCAUAUGUGUCCGGAGAAGGAAAAGAAGAUAUUCUCGAGGGGAACUCGGCUGACCACACAUCUGGUGAAGGUUCACGGGGCGCAGUGGCCUUGUGGUUACAGUCGGUUCAGAUAUCAACUUAGCGAGGACGGUAUGUAUCGUUUAACAGAAACGAGAUUCGAAGAGUUUGAACUUUCCCAAAAAAUAGUAGACGGGUACAGUGAUCCAAAGAAAUCUCUCACAGAUUCCUAUGAAUUUGAAGUACAAAGAGUGUCAGAAGCUACGGCAACUUCGCCUGUACACUUUGAAAUAAGAUUGAAAAGUGAUAAAAAUGAUCAACCAGAUGAAACUUCCGUUGAAAUAACAAUGUGUGAUGUUGAUGAACAAGGAAAUAUAAUUAAUUCUGAAGUUAUACAGUCUGAUGUUGUUUAUACUUAAUCUGAUCAAUUUUAAAAUUUAUCAGAAUAAGGCA